AUGACAACAAGUAAAAAAUGUCCGGAGUGUCUCACUUCAUCCUUAAAUAAUCCCCAUGAUGAAGUCUGUGUUUAUUGCUUGAAUAAGCACUAUUCUCACAAAGAAACAAGGAAUUGCCGAAAUUGUGGUAAUUCUUUUUCAGUCAGUAUUCCAUUAAGUGCUGACAAAUAUUUUUGUAAUGAUCUUUCUUGUAAGCAGCAAUUAGAGGAAAAUUAUCAAAAACUAAAAAAAGAAAUUGAGAAUAUAGUUGUCGAUGGUUUCUUUUACUACGAUGAUAAGGAGUUGCAAGAUUUUUUUACUGAUUGGAAUAACUUUUUAGAAAUUGUCGAGGAAUUAAAAGAAAAUCCAGAUGCUGAUCCCGCUACAGUAGCGGAUAAAAAACUGGCCGAGGUGGUUCGCAAAGUAAUCAAAGAAGGAGAAAAAGUAAAAGUAAGUCUAAAAAAAGCAAAUAAAGAAAGCGAGCGGGAAUCGGUCAAAAAACGCUUCCGUGAAAGGGUGGGUUGUCAGUUAAGAAGUUAUCAAUUAAAAAUGAAACACGAGGGGAUUUCUCUUAAAAAUAAAGACCUUAACAUAUUAGAUAAUUUGGCGGUGGAAAUUUGUGGCGAGGAAAAAGCAGAGAGUCUGUCAGAACAGAAAAAUAAUCUUCCCAUUCUCCAAGAAAUUAACCGCCGCUAUCAAAAUGAUAAACAAAAAAACACGAUAAUCACUUCUCCUGAGUUGAAAGAUGAAAAAGAAAAGCAAUUAGUUGAACAAUUUCUCAAAAAACUCAUCGAAGCCGAACUUUAUUUAGAAAGAAAACAAUCUAAUUCUCAAAUU